AUGUCCUCCUCACCUGGCUCGUAUGCGCAAGGUGGUGAUAGAUAUCAGACAAAGCGAGAUGAGGCACUAAAAACUGGGCCUUUUUCAUUUCCCAUACAGAAACCUACGCAAACGUUACCGCAUCCAGUAGGUAUUUCUUCAGCACCUUCGGGAACAUAUUACGGGGUAGCGGGUUCCAAUAUAUACUCAUCAAGUUUGAAUUCUACGUUGCCUUACAAUUUGCCCAAGCAGCAAACCAGCCCUUACGGGUCCCUUCUACAGGAUCCCUUUUCACACUCGCAGGCUAACCACUAUCAACCCCUUUUGCCCAGCAGCCUACCGGGGCAGCAUAUGUCCUUUUCGCAAGAUUUAUUUAUGAGCCAAGCGCUUACGCAACAACUGAGCUCUGUCCAAACGCAAAACCAAAGCCAGAGUCCGAACCAGAACCCGAACCAGAAACUGUACCUGAACCAGAAUCAACAUCAAGGUCAGGCUCAAAAUUCUAACUUUGUGCUGCAAGAUCACAAACUCCUAUCGGCUUCGAAUUAUCUGCAACUACCAGCCCAAAUACCGCAUCUUUCGCGUGAGCAUUCAUCUCCUCAGACAUCAACCACUCUGCCAUCGGUGUUGCAGACUCCUCUCAAACUCCUGCUGCAUCUUUCUGCUACAAACAAUGGUGCAAUUACAGACAAAGAUGGACUUGCUAUGAGACAACCGAAUGCCCGGAAAUCCACUUUCAAUCGCCCCCAGAAUGAGCAAUUUUUGUAUUUCAAAGAUCUGGCACUCUUCAAAGGAAAACUACCAGCAGAUAGCAAACUCCAGGAUAAGCUUUUCAUACACGCAAAGCACUUCAAACUUGCCAAAGACAAUAGUCAACCGAGAGAGAAAAUUGAGUUCAACUCCCCUGUAUCUCAAGGUGACCAAGAAAAACCAUUUAUUUGUACACACCCUGGAUGUACAUGGGCAUUCGCUAGACAAUCGGAUUUGCAUAGACACGCUAAGUCACACAAUAAGCCUAUGUUUCAUUGCCCUUACUGGCGUUCUGACCCGACGUGUCACCGUAAGGGAGGGUCAUUUAGCCGUUUAGACAUUUUGAAAAGACAUUUGCGAUUGAUGCAUUAUGUUAAGGAUAAACAAAAUGACAUCCAAGGUGUUGAUCCUGGAUGGUGCAGAGCUUGCCAGAAGAUGUUUACAUCUUCGAAAGAUUUUAUAGACCAUUGCGUUGAAUGUGCAAACGCAAUCACUCCCGCUGAAUGGCGGACUACGAAUACCUCGAAGACAGAAAAUGACUAA